UAAAAGAAAAACAGCACACAAGUACAACGAUGCACCGAGAGCGCACUGUAAUCGUCGCCUCCUCCUCCUCCUUCAACCACCGUAUUAGGGUUUUCAGAGUCACUCUCAUUUCUUUACGCUUACCGGAGGCAAUGCUUCCGAUAAGCAAUUAACAGUGUGCUUUGAAAAUCCAACAUUUUGAUUGGCGAAACGAUACACCACAACACUGCAAUUUCCAUACUCGCCACUUCAAAAUCCAUCAACAACAUUACGGUUUUGGUUUGAAAUGGAAGAAGACAAAGAAAUUAAGCAGGAAUCGAAUGCUUCUGCAACCGGGGUUUAUGAGAUACCUGGUGAGCCUGCUGUUGUGAUCAAUGACAAAGAAAUUAAGCAGGAAUCGAAUCCUUCUGCAACCGGGGUUUAUGAGAUACCUGGUGAACCUGCUGUUGUGAUCAAUGGGGUGCCUGAAAUAGUUACCGGUAGUGGUAACGGUAGCGGUACCGACCCUUCCAUUGAUGCUUUGAACAUUCAUGAAACGCGUGAGAAUAUGGGUUUGGGUGAAUGGUUUGUAGGGAGGGAUGUUCAAAAGUCGUUCAUGGGACGUUAUUACUCUGGUAAAGUAACUAUGUAUGACAAACAAAAUGGGUGGUACCAUGUUGUAUAUGAAGAUGGUGACAAUGAAGAUCUUGAUUGGCCGGAGUUGAAGGAAGUUCUUCGUCCUUUGGAUGUUAAAAUUGAUCUGAAGACAUUGGCGCAGAAGGUUAUUCGGAAAAGUAAGAAAACUAUUCCUAAAUCUGAGAAGAAAAGUGCUGGUUCACAAAAUCCCCAAAAGAAAACAAAAGGAAGCUAGAUUGACUAUACUUCAUUAGCAAAACAUUUAAUUGAAAAUUUACUGUUUUGUAGAUAUAGAUAUCAAAUAUAAAGCAAGGAAUUGAAGGAUUUGAAAAUGUUCAGCUGAAAGAGCAAUUAGGAAUUUGGUGCUGAUGAGAUGAACCAUACAAAUAUUGUUGUACUUUGUUGUAAUAGGAGGAUUAUUGUUGUUGUUUUGUAGCUUGAGAAUUGGUCCUUAGGAAACUUUUAAAGUUUUUUGCAAUAGUGAUUCAUAAUCUGAUGCUGUGUUGUAACUGGUGAAAUAAUAAGACAAUAGUAUUUCCUAUGUUGAUCUGUGCAUUGUAGAAUCCGCAGAUAUAAUUGUAAGAUAUGAAACAAAUGCUGGUCUCUUCAGCAGAAGCUUCUCCUAGAUACUAGUAUCUUUCUAUUGACUUGAAAUUUAAUAGCCAAUGAACAAGGCAGAGUUUGAUGUGCCAGUAGAAGUAGAA